AAAACUUAAAAUGUCUGCAUUUCCCGCACAUUAAUAAUUCAAUUUCAAACCCUAAAAAUUCGAAAAUUCCCCCAAUGGCAUCGGAAAAGCCAGAAGAUCCGAUGAACAACACCGCCGGAAUAGGAACAGACGAGGAAUCUAUAGCGCAACGGCGGAAGCGGCUAAGACGAGUGAGCUUCGCCGACCGGGAAAUUACUUCCGUUCACAUUUUCAACCGGGACGAAGAUUACGAGACGCCGCCCAAUACCUCCGCCGCGAAACCCCAAAACGGUGGUGAUACAUCAGAGCCUGAUGAGGAUAAUAAAGUAAUUAGGUUUUUCGGUGAAUUAUCUGACCGCGAAGAUACUGACGGAGAUGGUGAUGGUGAAUACGAACCUAUCUUGGAUAAAUCAUUCUUGAGGCCGAAAUAUUCUCCAUCUUCAGGAGGUAGCACUGUUGGUUCCGCUACAAGUGAUAACGAGGAUAAUUUCUUCGGUCCUGUGUCUUCCCAUUUUAUUAAUCCUGGAAGAUUGUUGGAUACUCCUAUCUCUGAAGAACACCAUGAAAUGACGAUGGAUUCUACGGCGUUUUCGAUGCAUUUUCGGAGUCUUGCUAGGUCAGAGUCUGGAGAUGUAAGGACCCCUACGAGUAGCCAUCUUCUAGUAGAAGAGAAAACACCAACUGAGGUUACUUCCAGAUCUGAUACAGGAAGUGCAAUGGUGUUAACAGAACCUAAGAAGCUAUUUCCAAAAUCACCUGUACCAGUUGAUAAAGGAAGUGGUGGUAGAGACUCGAAUGAUAUGAGUAUCGUCGGUGAAAAUUCUCGGAGAUAUGAUUACGGGUAUCUAUCUCCUACACUAGCAGCUCUAAUGGGAGAUGAAAGCAAGGAAUUGCUUCCUGAAGACAAUACUGUGGAAGCAAGAUCACCUAUCGAUGAUUUUUCCUCGUCCCUUCCAAAUGGAUGCAUUCCCAUAGGUCUGCAGGAAUCAGGAAGCCAACGUUACACAAAAGAGGCUUCCCUUUCCUCGUCAACUAUUAGAAGGCAAAGUGCGUUUUUAGUUGGUAUGUUGCCUCAGUCUUUAUCUUGUGUUACUCCUUCCCCUACACAGGGUGGAAGCUUUAUGAGCAGGGAGACUCGGGCACUAGUUGAGAGCUUGUCAACCAUUCAGAAAAGCAAAUCCAGACUUGGUUUGAUUCCACCGUCACCUGGUUCUGCUCUUUCUCAAAGAAUUGAGAAAUCAAAGCUUCAAUUAUCCGGACACCGUUUUCUGACUACCCCAUCAAUUGGGAGGGAAGAAAUAGGUGUACUCAGGGAUAAGCAUGCGGAUAUACCCAUUACCAACUUGGAGGCUUUGUUAUCUAAACAUGAUAAUAGAACACCAAUUUCUGAAGAGAAAAGCAUGCCAGAUAAAUGCAUUAGUGGUGCAUUGAGCCAUGCUGUUGACACUAGCGAUGAUAAUAGAACACCAGUUCCAGAAGAGAAAGGCAUACCAGAUCAAUGUAUUAGUGGUGCAUUGAGCCAUGCUGUUGACACUAGCGAUGAUAAUAAAACACCAGUUCCAGAAGAGAAAGGCAUACCAGAUCAAUGCAGUAGUGGUGCAUUGAACCCUGCCGUUGACACUAGCGAUGAUAAUAGAACACCAGUUCAAGAAAAGAAAGGCUUGCCAGAUCAAUGCAGUAGUGGUGCAUUGAGCCCUGCUGUUGACACUAGCGAUGACAGGCCACCAGUUUCUGAAAAGAAAGGCAUACCAGAUCAACACAGUUGCGGUGCAUUGAUUCCUGCUGUUGACAUUAGCGAUGUGUUUGCACGGAGAAGUCCAGAAGGAAAUACUAAUUCUGAGAUAGAAGGUUCACUGCUCUGUAAACAACAACAGAGAAAUCAGGCAGCCAGCACCCCUGAGAAGUUUGUGUCAUCUCCAACAAAUUUGUCAAAUGCAACAACGUCAGCAUCGGAGAAUUUUGUUCCUCUUCAAGAUCAAGAGCAGCAUAGUAAAGACAUCGAAAAAUCUGAGACUGGGGAUGGAAAUGUGACCAAGGAAUAUGCUAGUAAUUGUUCUAUGAAUACAUUAUCUGAGAAAGUGGAUUCCCUGCUUGCAGAAUCUAGCGUAUUACUUACCGAUACAGGCUUCUUGAAUGGCUCUGCUCAACAAAGAGAGAAGGACAGUGUGCGGAACAAAAAGCAAAACAGAACCAAUAUCAGUGCUGCUCAUAUCCUUCUGAAAGAUAAUAAUCCCUUUAAAGUCCAUUGUGAAACAGAAGUUAUCUCAGCUGAAGACUUUACUGCUGUAGCUAAAGAAAACCUUCCUAGUACCUCUGGCUCUUCAUCUGUGGACAGAAGCAAGAAUGAGGCUUCACAUGCUAAGGGACCAUCCAGAUUGAAAAGAAAAGCAGAAGAUGUUGAUUGUGCUGCUAGAAAUUGUAGCCCCAAAGUCGAGAGAAGUACAAAGUAUAUUUCGAAUUCAGUGAUGGAACACCCUGAUGGAAACAUUGAUGCUAACGAUUGCCGCAGAGUUCGUGAACAAGUGAACUGGGUAGAAAUUCCAGGAAAAGUAUCAAAGGAAAUCAAUCAAAUGCUUGCUCCAUUGGCAGAUAAGCUGAACUCAAGACUGAUAUGCAAGCUGGAAGAUAUAUUAACACACAUGAAAAAGGUUCAUUUGUGUGAGAUGCUUUGUCUACAAAUUCAAUCUCAGAAAGUAUGUGACCACUUAAGUGGUGCCAAGACAAAGAGACGUGUUGAGAGUAGAUCACUACUCUGCAAGUUAGCAUACGAUAAAGCUAAACUUGAGUUGCUGCACCUCAAGAAGGAGAUAAUGAUGAAAAAGUUUCAAGCAGUGAGCACCGGUGUACAAACAUCCGAAACAUUGAGGUUGAAUUGUGCUAACUUUCUACGUCAACAUGGUUUCCGUUCUACUGGCUUGUUAAAUCCUGACCAAGCACAAGAGGUUAUUAUAACUGGCAAACGAGCAGAGAUAACACAGGAGAUCAAAGAAAUUGACUCAAAAAUCAAGAACUUGAUUCAAUGUUUUACGGCUUGCGACACGAUGACAGGGCCGCAGCCGGCAUAUGCAGACACUAUUAUGAUUGCUGAAGAGACCUUGAAAAAGAGAAUGAGUUGCAGAUCCCUACGUCAGGAUAUUCUGAUUUGGAAAGUUGACAGUUUAGGUGAAUGGAACGAUUGUCAGAGUAUUGUUCUAAACUAUAGUGGCGUGUUCAACCAAAGGCUCACACUAAAGCCUGGCCAUCCUUCAUGUGUACUAGUUUCAAACAGUUUGAGUGAUACAUUCGUUAAGCAUUUCCCAGAGAUGAAUGUUUCAAUUGCGUUUAACUCUAUGUUUAACGCUGAAGACUCCCGGAGGUAUAUUGGUGGUUCCAAUACAUUGUUGGAAAUUACACAGAAAACCAGUUUGCUCCUACACAAUCUGCUAGAUGUGGCUGAGGAAUUUCAUUUAGCUCAAAUGAAUAUACCAAAUUUGGUCCAAGGAAACUUUGAUUCUCCAUCAGGUGAUCUAUUUUCCUCCUCUCACUUCUCUUUGGGUCAAACUAGUCUAACAGUAGUGGCCAAUAAAUGCGCAAUUUAGAAAUCCUUUAAUGACUAGUUCUGUCUGAGAUAGGAACACUAGUGUCUUGUUGAUUGCAGCGGAGCAGCUACAUUUGCAGAUUAGCUUUCUUGAUUGCACAAACUUGAGAAAACUAAGCGUGAUUCUCGAUGUGACAUGUUUGAUCCAUGGGAAAUAUCCUAGUGAUGUAGUUCCUUGCGAGUUCCGUAAAGUUUCAGGCACAAAAAGAGACGGUGUUGUGUCGAAACAACUGAAGAAGGAGAUAGAAUCUACAAUUGAUGAUGUUGGAGUGGGAUAUCCUCGGAUAUUGAGACUCUGUCGUUGCAUUUCCAAAGCGUUGCAAUCAGAAAAGAGAUGAUGUCUCAUUUCGUAACACUCUUUAACAUUUUUUACUGGUUUGGUUUUGUAAAUAUGGCACAAGGGCUACUACUACAGUAGUACCUUUUGCCAUUUUUAAUCUUUUAACCAACAGGUUUAGUUUUUGGGUUUUGUAUAUGUUGGUGAAUACGUUAACCAGUCUUCCUCGUCUUGGCUCUUAGUGCAAGAGUAGUAGAGUACCUAUAAAUGUUUUGCUCUCAUAUAACUUGGACUGUUUCUUUGUUUGCGUUAAUUUAUGUAUCAAAAUUCAAAAGUAUUGGCUAUUU